UUUUUACCAAAAUUUUAAGGCACGUGCGAACGCCUAAAUAAACAAAUAAAUAAAAUAAAAGGGUAGUUCAGUCAUUUCAAUCAGCUGCAAUAGUUCUUUCUGUUCAGCCAAACGCAUACGAUGGCGGAGCAAGAUGGGUCUCGUUCUGUCAUUUGGUGACUUCUGUAUAAGAGCAGGGAGAGUUUCCAAUCUUACGUCCACGAAUAAUUAUGGUUUUUCUCGUAGUUGGCGGGAAAUUUUGAUUUUCCGCUGCUUUCUUGGGAAAUUUAACGGUCAUAUCUCCUGUAUAGUUGGCGUAGCUUGAAAUUCAAGGUCUCUGACUUCUGGGAUAGGCAUCAAUGGCGGAUCCAUCACAGGGUCCUGCAAGCUUCUGGACUCAGGCCAACGCUUUGCUCAGAAAGAACUUGACCUUCCAGAAACGAAAUAUCAAGACUAAUAUUCGUUUAAUAUCUUUCCCAUUUAUCCUAUGUCUGCUACUUGUUCUCAUCCAAGCAAUGAUCAACAAUGAAUUAGACAAACCCAAAAACAGGUGUGGCUGCACCUGUAUUGAUAGGAAUGGAGAUGGCCAAUGUGAGAGUGUGUGUGGGAUUGAGUACUCAACUUUGGAUCAAGCAAGCAGUUGCCCAAUUCCUAAUCCUCCAGAAUGGCCUGCGCUGUUACAGAUACCUGCUCCUGAAUAUCGUGCUGUGAGAACUGAUUUUCUUUCCUCCUCAGACCUCCCAGAUGAGUCAUGCAAGAGGAGUGGAUCUUGUCCUGCCAGUAUACUUGUUACUGGCAAAAAUCAAUCUUUUGGAGACAGUUUGGCGGGGAAUAUGUUCGCAAGUUCUUUUACCAUCAAUUCUUCCAGUCUCUUGGAUAGCUUAGCCUAUAAUGUCCUGGGGUCAGAGACAAAGACUGAAUAUUCCAAUUUUCUUGAUUCAGCUUUCUCUUCAAAUCGUCCGAUCUAUUACAUUCAAUCUCAAUGCACCACAAAUUCUACAUUUUUUGUUCCCAUUCAACUUGCUUCGAAUACACUGCGUCAGGAGAUGAGAUGUGUUCAAGGAUUUCAUUUGUGGCGCAAUAGUUCUUUUGAGGUUAAUGAUGGGCUAUAUAAGGGUUACCGAAAAGGGAAUUCAGAGAGAAAGAUUAAUGAGAUAACAGCAGCAUAUGAUUUCUUAAACUCAAAUGAGAAGAAUUUUAAUGUGACUAUUUGGUACAAUUCGACCUAUAAGAAUGACACAGGCGGAGGUCCUAUUGCAUUGGCGCGGGUUCCACGAUCAAUAAAUCUGGUGUCAAAUGCCUAUCUCCAAUUUCUGCAAGGAGCUGGCACAAAAAUGUUAAUUGACUUUGUCAAAGAAAUGCCCAAACCGGCAACCCAACUCAGGCUGGAUUUGUCGUCUCUUCUUGGCACUCUCUUCUUUACAUGGGUCCUUCUUCAACUAUUUCCAGUUGUGUUGGCAUCUCUGGUAUAUGAGAAGCAACAAAAUCUAAGAAUCAUGAUGAAAAUGCAUGGGCUUGGCGAUGGGCCAUAUUGGAUGAUUACCUAUGCUUAUUUUCUUGUAAUAUCUUCAAUUUAUACGUUGUGUUUUGUGAUAUUUGGCUCAGUUAUAGGGUUGAAAUUUUUCACAUUGAAUGACUACAGCAUCCAAUUCGUGUUUUACUUCUUCUAUAUAAACUUGCAAAUUUCGAUGGCCUUUCUAGUGGCUGCAAUGUUUUCAAAUGUUAAGACAGCUACAGUCGUAGGGUACAUAUGUGUCUUCGGAUCAGGGCUCUUAGGUGGCUUUCUUUUCCAGUUCUUUCUUCAAGAUACAUCAUUCCCAAGGGGUUGGAUUAUUGUUAUGGAGUUUUAUCCUGGCUUUGCCUUGUAUCGUGGAUUAUAUGAGUUUGCACAGUAUUCAUUCACAGGAAAUUUUAUGGGGACUCAUGGGAUGCAUUGGGGAGAUUUGGGUGAUAGUAAGAAUGGGAUGAAAGAGAUUCUGAUAAUCAUGUUUGUGGAGUGGUUGGUGGUGCUUUUUGUUGCAUACUAUACAGAUCAAGUUCUUUCACCAGGAAGUGGUGUUAGAAGGGGUCCUCUCUUUUUCUUGCAGAACUUUCGAAAGAAACCAUUUUCAUCUUUUAGAAAACCCAGUUUACAAAGGCAUGGAUCUAAAGUUCAUGUUCAUAUGGAGAAAGCUGAUGUGGCUGAAGAGAGGGAGAAAGUUGAACAGUUGCUACUUGAACCAGGCACAAGCCAUUCCAUCAUUUGCGAUGACCUCAAGAAGGUGUAUCCAGGAAGGGAUGGAAAUCCCGAGAAGUUUGCAGUGAGAGGUUUGUCUCUUGCUUUGCCUCGAGGAGAGUGCUUUGGCAUGCUUGGUCCUAAUGGUGCAGGGAAAACCUCUUUCAUUAACAUGAUGAUUGGGCUCAUGAAGCCAACAUCUGGAACAGCUUUCGUCCAGGGUCUCGACAUACGAACUCAUAUGGAUGGAAUAUACACCAGCAUGGGGGUUUGUCCACAACAUGACCUGCUCUGGGAGACCCUAACAGGAAGAGAGCACCUGCUAUUUUAUGGCAGACUUAAGAACCUUAAAGGAGCUGCCUUAAUACAAGCAGUGGAAGAAUCUCUUAGAAGUGUUAAUCUAUUUCAUGGAGGAGUUGGUGACAAGAAAGCUGGCAAAUACAGCGGAGGCAUGAAGAGGAGGCUUAGUGUUGCUAUUUCGCUGAUUGGAGAUCCCAAAGUUGUCUAUAUGGAUGAGCCAAGCACUGGAUUGGACCCAGCUUCACGAAAUAAUUUGUGGAAUGUUGUCAAGCGUGCAAAGCAAGACCGUGCAAUUAUUCUUACCACACAUUCGAUGGAAGAGGCAGAGGUUCUGUGUGAUCGAUUAGGAAUUUUUGUUGAUGGAAGCUUGCAGUGCAUAGGAAAUCCAAAAGAGCUGAAGGCUAGAUAUGGAGGCUCGUAUGUGUUCACGAUGACGACAUCUUCAAAUCAUGAGGAAGAAGUGGACAAAUUGGUGCGGCAUCUCUCACCAAAUGCUAACAGGAUAUACCAAAUAUCUGGAACCCAGAAGUUUGAGCUCCCAAAGCAUGAAGUCAGGAUUGCAGACGUUUUCCAAGCUGUUGAGAAUGCGAAGAGCAGGUUCACAGUUCAAGCAUGGGGUCUGGCUGACACAACUUUGGAGGAUGUUUUCAUCAAGGUUGCACGUGGGGCCCAGGCAUUCAAUGUUCUCUCAUGAUCAUCAGCUACUACCGCUUAAUCCUGUACUUUAUUUCUUUGUUUAUUUAUUUACGUUUCUUUAUCUAGGUGUUUUUUAAGUUUAAAGUUUGUUGUUUUGUAUAAUGUCAGUAUUAUUGUAAAGAAUAUUAAAUCAAUUUGAUCUGUUGUAUUCAACACUCCUUAUAGAAGAUAGUAGAAGGGAAAUAUUGCAGUUUA